AGGGACUGGAGCCGUAUUUACCGUCUGUGGUCGGUACGCGGCAAACUAGUCCAGCAUAUCGGAUCGCUGGCAAGGCGCAGAGAGAGAGAGAGAGAGAGAGAGUGAGUGAGUGAGUGAGUCAGUCAGUCAGUCGCUGAGCUGAAAGGAGACUCGCCAUCCUCACUCAGUUCCAGGAGCCACAGGUAGUAGCGGCCACAGCAACAGGUCCAUUGACUGAACACUGAAGCUGCAAGUGAAAGCCCAGCUGAACAACCAGAGAGACAGACAGAGGGAGCAAGUUCUCUCUAUACUGUGCAUUGCUAUUGCAUUGCUCUCCUGGCGAGCAUCUACCGGUGCUGAUUCCACCUCCUUGCACUGUCUCAGGGGCUGGGCUGGGAGCUGGCGGCAAUACCGAUCAUGCCGAAAGCGUCCACGGAGAGGGGUUGCAAGCGGCAGGUUGAAGCAGCCGGGACGGCGCGGAGCCGGGCGCCGGCACUCGGGGGGAUGUGCUGGACUCUGCCCAGCGUCCUGUGGUCUGUGCUGUCGCUGGGCUCGGUGGCUUUCUGCAUUUGCCUCAGCGUGAAAACUUCGCAGCUAGAAGAGCGGAUCCUCGACCUGGAAAGCGUGAAGGGAGAUGUCUUGCUGCCUCCUCUCAGCCCGAGUUCAACAGCGGAUCGGCUGCGAGUGCUCGUCCAGGAGAGAGUGGAUCAGCUCCUGAGCCAGCCGAGAUUCCACGAAGGCGAAGCGAGACGCCGGAGCGCCAGGGAGGCAUCCGCCGAGUGUAACUGUCCUGCAGGACCUCCUGGAAAACGCGGCAGGAGGGGCAGAAAUGGGGAACCUGGACCUCCCGGUCCACCCGGUACAAAAGGUGACAAGGGAGAUCAAGGCGACCAGGGGCCGAGGAUGGCGUUUCCAUACCCAAGAGUCAAUCAUGGGUUCCUCUCGGCUGAUCAGCAGUUUAUUAAGCGACGUCUCAUGAAGGGUGAUCAAGGUCAAGCUGGCCCACCUGGACCGCCUGGGCCUCCUGGUCCUCCAGGCCCACGUGGUCCUCCGGGUGACACGGGGAAGGAUGGUCCUCGAGGAAUGCCUGGAGUACCUGGAGAAACGGGGUCAAGAGGUGAACCUGGAUUGGUGGGACCUCAGGGACCACCAGGACAAAAGGGGUCUGUGGGUUUCAGUGGAGUACCUGGCGUUCACGGACAGAAGGGUGAUCUUGGUGGGACUGGGAAGAUUGGUGAUCCAGGUACCAAGGGUGAAGUAGGAGAUCAAGGUGAGAAGGGCGUCACUGGUCCGAAAGGUGACAAAGGCGGAAAGGGUGACCCUGGAUCAUCAGCUGCGGGAAUAAAGGGGGAACCAGGUGAAACAGGACUUCAUGGACAAAAGGGUGAACCAGGUCUUCCUGGGCUUCCUGGACUCCCUGGGAUAAAGGGGGAGCCAGGCUUUUGGGGUCCUCAGGGAGAACCCGGGUUGCCUGGGUUACCAGGAACAAAGGGAGAGAAAGGAGAUGGAGGGCCACCUGGAAGAGGUGAAAUCGGCCUGUCUGGAUCUUCAGGCCCCAAGGGUGAGCCGGGUGAUCUAGGGAUGCCGGGCCGGCACGGAGUGAAGGGUGACCAUGGAAAAGAUGGAGAAUCGGGGCCUAUGGGACCCAGAGGCCCACCUGGUCAGAAGGGUGAACAAGGAGUAACCGAGAUCAUAGAUUACAAUGGCAACAUCCAUCAGGCACUACAGAGGAUCGCCACCUUAACUGUCACGGGUCCGCCAGGCCCUCAAGGAUCUCCAGGAAUGCAAGGAUCAAAGGGAGACAUGGGGAGUCCUGGAUCAUAUGGAGUCCCAGGAGUACAGGGCCCUAAAGGUUCUAAAGGUGACAUUGGCAUUUCAGGAGAUAAAGGAAGCAUGGGCCUACCUGGAUUAUCUGGUAUUAAUGGAGAAAAGGGAGAAAAAGGAGAAAAAGGAGAUCAUGGAUUGGGUGGUCCACAAGGCACUUCUAUUGCCGGACCCCCAGGCCCCACUGGCUCACAAGGCCCACCAGGUCCAAUGGGACCACAUGGCCUUCCAGGACCUAAGGGUGAACCAGGGUUGAAUGGUGUUAAAGGAGGGAAGGGUGAACCAGGUCAAAAAGGUGACAGAGGACCCCUUGGUCUCCCAGGUGCCUCUGGCUUAGAUGGACAGCCAGCACAGCGGGGCAUUGACGGUACUGUGGGGCCCGCAGGCCCAGCUGGUCCAAAGGGAGACAGAGGAGAAAAAGCUGUUGGUAACCCUGGGACUAGAGGACCGACAGGUUUGCCUGGCCUUGAUGGAGAUCCAGGGCUAGAUGGAUUUUCCGGUCCGAAAGGAGAUAGAGGAGAGAGGGGAGAAAAGGGGGAAAAGGGAAAGAAAGGCAAAAAAGGGCCUAAGGGGGAGAAAGGAGAACAGGGUGCCCCUGGAUUAGAUGCACCUUGCCCAUUGGGUCCGGAUGGAUUGCCGAUGCCAGGAUGUUGGCAGAAGUGAUGAGUCUAACACGAAAGCAUGAAGUUUGUACAUAAUGCUCCAUAUUUUGUAUUUAUAUAGUUGUAACAGCUUAAAAAAAGUCAAGAAAACGUUCACACGUAGCUGCUUCUACUUCUUUAUAGUAAGAAGUUAAACAUCAUACAUUGACCGACAGAAUAGUUCUGUUGGCGACUCAUCGUGUUAACAAGAAACAAUGUGGGAAUGUUGUUCGCCAGUGCUACCAGUGAGCUAUGUCUCACCUUGUGGAUUUUGCAUGGGCAAGUGCCAUUGAUACUUCUCAGACCAUCAUAUAAUUGUUACCAAAUAGACUAAAGCAGAUCAAUACUGUGGAAUGUCAUUGGUUGUUUCCAUUGUAAAUAACUUGGCCAUUGCUUACAAUCUCCGACUAAAGUUCCAUCACUGAUUUUCCACCGUCGUAUCUGUGCUAAAGUGAAGUGCAUGAAAUGCUUGACCAGUGCUAGAUGUGUGACCACUUCAAACGCAAACAUUCUGUGCAAUCACACCUGUGGCUGAGGCCUCUGAACUGUCUUUUUUCUUUCUCCAUCUAAAGGGAGGAAAUCCCUGGCUCAUUGCCAGAAAGAAAUAAUUGAAAUGCAGAGGAAAAGGGGUUUGAAUUUGCAAAAACAAAAUGGCUAACCUUCUGUUGUUCAACAUCCUGUGUUGUGCAUGAAGUAACCAUGGCAGCAUCAAUUUUUUUUUGGUUUUGUGCAAGCCAGCUCAGAUGGAUGGCAGAGUGACUGAGUUGAUGAUUCAGUGCUCCAAGGGCCAGUCCUUGGCUAAUGCACGGACAGUGACUCUGACAGCAUUGUGUAGCCAGGCUGUAGCAUGGCAUGUUUAUCAUUCAGAGGAUUUGGAAGAACAAGUGGAUUUAACGGAAAUUCCAUAAAGGAGCAAGAGACUCUUUCUCAUGGAGCAGAGACAUGUCAAUCCUAAAUGAGACAAAAAUAAAAGGAAAUAGCUUUUGACUGAGCUUGGAAACCGGCCACAAGAUUGUUCAACCUAAGUGGGAAAUUUAAACUGGCUCCAAUGGAUAAUUUGGAGUUGAAAGGAUUUCGAAUCAAAUGUCUAAAGCAUCUUAUGAAACACUUUGCUACUGUUGCCAAACAGUGGAGAGAUGCCGAUGGUAUUAUGCAUGACAAUUAGGAAGACUUCAGCGUGGAAGAACAAGGGUGUUUGGAUUUUAAUUGAAAAGCUCUCUGAAGCAGAUGACCCAGAAGCUUUAGUUUAAUGCAUUUGACAACAAAAACCUUUUGUGCCUCAACUAUUCAAUACUUUAUACAUUUGUCUUUCAUAAAUGCAAACCAUAGUGUUAUAUUUAAUGGGAAUGUUGCCAAACGAGGCAUUUUAUGAUAAUCUCUCUUCUCGACUAUGAUUUAUAAUUGUUCUAUACUUUACGAUCUUUAGCAUUUGGUUGCUCUGGACAUAACUUUUGUUUUGAUUCAAGGCAGGUCUUCCUGCAGAUUCCUCUAGCGAGUCCCCUUUGCGCCAAUGCUGCAACUACAGGCAGCUUAACUUCUUGCAUACUUUUACUGAGCGACUGCACCUAUUGAUUUAAAACUUGGCAUCAACCCGGUGUUAUGUUUAUCUCUACAUCCUUUUGUUGGUACUAGCAUAUGGCAUCUUACUUCAUGGUUGGUGCCCAAUUGUGUAUCAGUAAACCUGGGCUUUAAGAAGUCUGAAAGUUUCUGAGAUGGGAAGAUACGUUUUUGGGGGUUUUUUAAAGACUUCAUUUAGCAUAUGCAUUUUUUUGAGGAUAGUAAUUCCAAAAGUAAUAUUUCAGUCUCUGUGUGUUAAUGUUAUACAAGCAUUUGUAAUUUAACUUGGAGGUAUAUUCUGAUGUUGAGUUCUAAAUACAAGUACCUGACCCCUAUCGAAGUCAAUGGAUGCAUUGUUUCUAUCUUCCCAUUAUUUUUUACUAAAUUGUAUCCUUCACGUUCUACUAUUUUAAUGAACGAUUAAAUAAUAUGUCCAUUGAAUGUCUACUCCAACAGAAGGAUAGAGACUACACACCAUACUACGAUAUAGCAUCUACUUUGCUUUACUUGGUGUGGGCAAAAGCUGAGGCAACUGUAUAUUUUUAAUGCUAAGACCAAGUCCUCACAUUGUCACCAUUACACGCUACUUUGGUUGCAUAUGGUUUAUCUUUUGAUACAUGCCAAGUAUGAAUUAUAUGUUUCUACUAUGUAUAAAAUGUCAGUUAUGUUUUAUUAUCUAACUUUAACCAUUCCGCUUGUUCCUAAAGCAUUUUAUUAUAAAAUGCGCAGUCACGACAGUGGUUCAUCAGACCAGCAUUUUUUUUAAGUGUCAGACGAAGGGAAUAUUUUAUGCAAGCUUUCUUAUAUAUAUAAAUAUAUAUAUUUGGUUGUUGUUGUCCUAUUUAAAGGCUCAAAUGCACAAAUGAACUGCUGUUAAGUAACAUUAAUACAUUCUUCAGGAUUUUUUUCCUGAAUUAAAUUCACAUUACACUGCAGAAUGGUUGAGCUUACAUUGCCAUUAACUUAGCUCAUGAAAAAAAAGUUGGGAAUAUUUCUAGUGCAAUCUUUCUGUUUUGGUUUUACUUAGAUUCUCAUACAUUAAAUCAUUUUGCUGCCUAGUUCAUUAAGCAGAAUGAUGUGAACUUUAACGAGAUAGUGUUUUUUAUCAAUCCUUGGAAAUUAGUUUCCUUUCCCUAAACAUUGCCAAGUUGUUCUUAUGUGUUGUUCAAAUGUCCUCCUCGAUUAUAUUAAAGUAUGAACCGACAUAAAGAUCCAAUGAGGAGUAUUGGUUCUAGAUCUUUUCCUUGCAGAAUAAUGCAUGCAAUUCUCUUUUAAUGUGCAGAGGUCAGAGAGGCAGCACUAAAACAUUUUUGAAUAAUUGAGGUUAAAGAUAUCCUUGUUGGUUGAUUGGUUUGGACAACUUUGUCUUCCAAUAUAUGACAGGGUUUGUCACAAUAGUAAAUGUAAAGAUUCAAUGAGAAUCACUAUCAUCUAGUCCUUGCACGAUAACACAUGUGUGCAACAGGUAAACUUUUAUCCAGCAAGGAAGGAUCCUUAAAAACUUUAAAGAUCUGUCCCACUUAGCGAUUUUUUUCGGCGA